UCCAAAAGAUAUACAGGUGUCCAAUAAAUUAAAUGGAAAGAACCAGCAUUUGUUCAGUGAGAAGCUAAAUGAAAACUCAAACAACUGAAAACGAAGUGACAACAUUUUGACAUGAGAUGUUUUCAUUCAAUUUGAGCAAAAAUAACUCCAAUAUAUAGCUACAGUAGACAGACAGUAGUUUAUUAUGCUCCAAUUAAAUCUGUAAAAAGAAGCCUGCAUGUUCUAUUUUCUUUUGCACACCUCCUCCCCAAUAAAUUAAGGAAGCAACUCAACACGUGUGGCUAUAUUCUUCUCUGGUCUUAGUGCAGUUGAAAUAGGCUAUUUAGAGCUUGCGGUAUUGACUGCUCGAGUGUGCUCUCUACCGCUCAGUGCGCGCUGUCCAUACAUCAAAAUACACUUCUAUACAAAUCUCUCUCUCUCUCUCCUAUGCUGACUUUUUGAUUUUUACAGUGCAGGAUACGGAGUCAUUCAUUUGGAAACACGUUCAUGUGAGAGAGGAGAGAGGCGCAUUUACCGGGAGAUGGGGGAAAAGUAUCAGGCAGCGCAUAGACAACACAGAAUUUGACUAAUGUGCGUGGAGAGCAACUUUGUUUAACGACACUGUAAAGGUUAAUUGAACAAUAACUGAAUAUGCAUCUAAAGCGCAUCUUCAGUCUCCUCCACCAGUUAUGUUUUCUUGGAGCAUUUGCCAUUGCAGAUCCACACCCCUUCCAGGAAUCCGAGUCCGAAAUUAUUUUCCCGGAGGUUUUUCCAGAUACAGGUCCACCGGCUCCUGAUAAACCAAAUAGCCGAGAGACUGACGCCAGCGCCGGAGCUCCCGAUAAACCAACUAGCCGAGAGACUGACGCCAGCGCCGGGAGCAGCUCUCGGGAGGUUCGUUCCAUUUCAAACUGGGAAGAGUACGAAUCUCCAGAGCUAUACCAUUGGGAACCUCAAGGACCGCAAACGGCUGCUUCCACAGGACUGAGACUCAGAAUUCCUGCUUUUGGCAGGGACCUGCACCUCAUCCUGAAGAGAGACACUCGAUUUCUGUCCCAGAAAUUCAUGGUGGAGAGGAGACAGAAAGCACAAAAGGCAUCUCGGAGCAGUAUGCCAGUUUCGUCCGCUGCCAACACAGAAGAGAGAGGAUGCUAUUACAGCGGAACUGUUCUCAAUGACGCAGGAUCCAUUGCCUCAUUCAGCACCUGCGCAGGACUGAUGGGCUUCAUUCAACUCGAUGGAGACUUCCUCUACAUCGAGCCUGUCAAUAAAACGCUGGCCGUCACGGGACAGGCCCACCGCGUGUACAGGAGGAAGCGCUCCACCACCGAGGAGAGACAGACAGACAAGCAGACGACAGACAAACAGACAAGCAGCAACUAUUGUGGAGUCAUUCCAGAAAGACAGAAGAGUAAGAACAGGAAACCGUCUGAGGGAGGCAGAGGGAAGCGGUACUUGUAUAAACUACUCCACGAGUACAACGUGGAGACUGUGGUGGUGGCCGACCCAGCUAUGGUCAGCUACCACGGCACAGAGGCAGCCAAACGAUUCAUCCUCACCAUCAUGAAUAUGGUGUUCAACUUGUUUCAACACAAGAGCCUGGGAAUACAGAUUAAUAUCAGAUUGACUAAACUUGUGCUGCUUCACGAAACACCAUCAGACAUGUACAUUGGUCACCAUGGUGAGAAGAUGCUGGAGAGUUUCUGUCGUUGGCAGCAGGAGGAGUAUGGGAAGAAGAGCGUGAUGUCAGACUUCAGCACUCGGUGGAGGGAGGACCUACCCUCUGUGGACACAGCCAUUCUAAUCACACGGAAGGAUUUCUGCGUGCAUAAAGAUGAACCCUGUGACACUGUAGGCAUUGCCUACCUGAGCGGCAUGUGCAGCGAGAGAAGGAAAUGCAUCCUAGCUGAGGACAACGGCCUCAACCUGGCCUUUACCAUCGCUCACGAAAUGGGCCACAACAUGGGUGUGAGUCACGACAACGACCACCAGUCGUGUGCGGACGGCCUCCACAUCAUGUCGGGAGAAUGGGUCAAAGGUCAGAACCUGGGCGAUGUUUCCUGGUCUGGCUGUAGCCGUGACGACGUGGAGAAGUUCCUCCGGUCCAAGGCCAGUAGUUGUCUCCUCCAGACCGACCCGCUGAGCUUGAACUCAGUGAUCCUGCCAUUCAAACACCCAGGGAUGACUUACACGGCAGAUGAACAGUGUCAGAUCCUCUUCGGAACCACCGCCUCCCACUGUCAAAACAUGCAGUAUGUGAUGUGUUCAGGGCUGUGGUGCCGGGUGGAUGGAGAGAAGGACUGUAAAACCAAACUGGACCCACCCAUGGAUGGCACAGAGUGUGACCCGGGAAAGUGGUGUCGUGCUGGGGAGUGUGUGAGCAGAGCGGUGCCAGUGGAGCAAGCCAUGGGGGAGUGGAGCACCUGGGGGUCCUGGGGAACCUGCAGUCCAACCUGCAGCACUGGCAUCAGUGGACGCCAGCGCAAGUGUGAGAGUCCCAGUGGGAAAAGCCGGGACUGUGUCGGCUCCAGGAUGCAGUACAGGCUGUGUGAGAACCUACCCUGCCCUGCUGGGAGCCCCAGCUUCAGAGACCAACAAUGCCAGACCUUCAAUCGCCCCUCCCUACACUGGCACUCCAUCAUGGAUGAUGAGAGGCCCUGUACACUGUUCUGUUCCUCCACAGGGAAAGAACAACCCCGCCUCCUGGCUGAGAAGGUGCUGGAUGGAACCUCCUGCGGCUCUCAGGAGUCUGGCCUCUGUGCCAACGGGACAUGUCAGAAAGUGGGCUGUGACAGGAUCCUGAGUUCGAUGGCAAGAGAGGACCACUGUGGGGUGUGUAAUGGCAACGGCAAGUCUUGUAAGGUCAUCAAGGGGGACUUCAACCACACCAAAGGAGCAGGCUAUGUGGAAGCUGUGAUCAUCCCCAAAGGGGCCAGGAGAAUCAGAGUGAUGGAAGAAAAGCCUGCACAGAGUUAUUUGGCACUCAAAGACACAAACAAGCAUUCCAUCAACAGCGACUGGAAGAUAGACCGCCCAGGAGCCUUCAACAUGGCGGGCACCACCGUUCACUACGUCCGGAGAGGACUGUGGGAGAAAAUGUCAGCCAGAGGUCCCACUACCUCCCCGCUGCAUCUCAUGGUGCUGCUGUUCAAUGAGCAGAACCAUGGCAUCCAUUACGAGUACACCAUCCCCACAGAGGCUAACAUGGAACCCCAGGGAGGGUUAGGACCGGGGGCCAUGCCCAGCGAACCCCUCUUCAUGUGGACCCACUCUGGCUGGGAGGACUGCCAUGCCGUGUGUGGAGGAGGAGAAAGAAAGACAAUCGUCACCUGCACUAACAUUGUCAACAAAACUACAAGCGUGGUGGACAACCGAAGAUGUCGUCACCUGACCAAACCUGAGCCUCAAGUCCGCAAGUGCAAUGAGCAGCCCUGCCAGACAAGGUGGAUGAUGACUGAGUGGACGUCUUGCUCUCGUACCUGUGGUAGAGGCUCUCAGAGCAGACAGGUAGCCUGCACCUUACAGCUAGCCAACGGCACCCUGGUCAAAGCCAAGGACCGCGACUGUGCCGGCCCCAAGCCGGCCCCCAACCAGCGCUGCGAGGGCCAGGACUGUCUCACCGUGUGGGAGGCUGGCGUGUGGUCUGAGUGCUCGGUGAAGUGUGGGCGGGGGGCGCGCCAUCGGCUGGUGAAGUGCACCAACCCACGGAAGAAGUGUGACCUGUCGACCCUGCCCCGUGAGACGGAGGACUGUGAGGACUACUCCAAGUGUUACAUCUGGAGGACAGGAGACUGGGCCAAGUGCUCGGUCACCUGUGGCAAAAGCAUGCAGUCCCGGGUUAUCCAGUGCAUGCACAAGAUCACCGGGCGCCACGGCAACGAGUGCUUCUCGUCGGAGAAGCCGGCGGCGUACCGGCCAUGUCAGCAGCAGGCGUGCAACGAGAGGAUCAACGUCAACACCAUCACCUCGCCACGCCUGGCUGCCCUGACGUUCAAGUGUUUACGGGACCAGUGGCCGGUUUACUGCAAAGUCAUCCGCGAGAAGAACCUCUGCCAAGACAUGCGCUGGUAUCAACGCUGCUGUGAAACUUGCCGGGACUUUUACGCACAGAAGAUGCAGCAGAGGAGUUGACCCUCCCCUCACCCCCUCGCCCCCUCCUUCCAGGGGCGAACUUAGGUGUCAUAUCCUAUUUAUGUAUAUCAAGUGCACUUAUUCCAACACGUGGGAUGGACAGAACACACCUGUUUCAACCUAACCAGCUCUAGAUUAUAAGCACUGUAAAUGUGUGAUUAGUUCGUUGUGUUGUUGGUAUUGAGUCCAUACCAUGUCAUGUUAUUGGUAUUGAGUCGAUACUAUGUCAUGUUAUUGGUUUUGAGUCGAUACUAUGUCAUGUUAUUGGUAUUGAGUCGAUACUAUGGUAAUCUUAUUGGUAUUGAGUCGAUACUAUGGUCAUCUUAUUGGUAUUGAGUCGAUACUAUGUCAUGUUAUUGGUAUUGAGUCGAUACUAUGGUCAUCUUAUUGGUAUUGAGUCGAUACUAUGUCAUGUUAUUGGUAUUGAGUCGAUACUAUGGUCAUCUUAUUGGUAUUGAGUCGAUACUAUGGUAAUCUUAUUGGUAUUGAGUCGAUACUAUGGUAAUCUUAUUGGUAUUGAGUCGAUACUAUGGUCAUCUUAUUGGUAUUGAGUCGAUACUAUGGUCAUCUUAUUGGUAUUGAGUCGAUACUAUGUCAUGUUAUUGGUAUUGAGUCGAUACUAUGGUAAUCUUAUUGGUAUUGAGUCGAUACUAUGGUCAUCUUAUUGGUAUUGAGUCGAUACUAUGGUCAUCUUAUUGGUAUUGAGUCGAUACUAUGUCAUGUUAUUGGUAUUGAGUCGAUACUAUGGUCAUGUUAUUGAGGUUGAAUCGAUACUAUGUCACGUUAUUGGUAUUGAGUCGAUAUUAUGCUCAAGUUAUUGGUAUGUAGUCGAUACUAUGCUCAUGUUACUGGUAUUGAGUCCAUGCUAUUGCCAUCUUUUUGGUAUUGAGUCCAUACUAUGGUAAUGUUAUUGGUAUUGAGUCAAUAUUAUGCUCAUGUUACUGGUAUUGAGUCCAUGCUAUUGCCAUCUUUUUGGUAUUGAGUCGAUACUGUGGUAAUCUUAUUGGUAUUGAUUCGAUACUAUAGUCAUGUUAUUGAGGUUGAAGCGAUACUAUGUCAUGUUAUUGGUAUUGAGUCCAUAUUAUGUCAUGUUAUUGGUUUUGAGUCGAUACUAUGUCAUGUUAUUGGUAUUGAGUCAAUACUAUGUAUGUCAUGUUAUUGGUAUUGAGUCGGUCUAAGCACAUCUCUUUUGAGGGUGUAAUUGUUGACCAGCCUUCACCUGGGAUCCGUUGAGCUGAUAUACUGUAGAUCUACAUAAGGAUCCAACUCUUUGGUGUUUUUGGAGAAGUUUUUGUUUUUAAUAAUGAUAAUUAAUGAUAAUAUUUUGUAAAUGUCUUACCAUUUUCCAUACUGUAUUUUUUCUGAUUUAUCUUUAUUAAUAUCACAUUGAAAAUCAGGCAAAAUCCAUCAAGGUAUAACACUUGUAGUUUCCAUUAAUUUAGUUAACCCCGUAUAAUGUAACCAAUGCAAUAGUGCCAAAAGUGCAAACUGCAAACUUCAUUAAGCGUACCAUCGGACCUAGGUCUACUGGUUUCCUAUCAGUUUCUUCCCCCAAAAAAACAGAAUGUCCCGCACACAGUUUAUGCUCCCAGGUACCACUGUUUAUCGGACAACAUUUCCAUCUGUAAGGAUCUUCAUCAGGUCAAAACAACCAGACAAAACGACCUGACGAAGAUCCUUGUGGAUGGAAACGUUGUCUGAUAAAAGGUGUUAUUUAAGAGCAUAAUCCUUGUGUUGGACUUUCUGGGUUUUUUUUCUUCUCAAGUUGACUUCUUUAGCCCAGCACAAACAUUUCUAUCUAUUUCAGCAUUGGUGAACUUCAUGCUAUCUGCUUGGUAUAGCCACUGCUGAGACUUUGGCUUCCAGCCGUGAGUAAUUAAAAUGACAUUCUUGUCUUUCGUCAAGUUUAGCAAAAAUGUGUUUAGAGACACAAAUGGUACUUUAUGUUUAAUCUAUCUCAAACAGAAUUCACAAUACUGUCCAUUUAGAAGCAAUACUGAAAGCAUUACAGCUGCAAAGACUCUUACGUUUGAUUGAUAUGAUGUUUUAGGGUUUAGGACUUUCAGCUCUUCAUUUGCUUUGUACCUGUUUGGCUUAAUGUCGAACACUGUAAGCAACAAUGUGGCUUUGGAAGGAUUUGGAUAAUUGAUGAUACUUCUAGUAACGACAGCAACUAUAUUCGUAUUAUUAACGUGCUGUUUAUGUGGUGCUAAUUAGUGUACUUGAGUGAACUUUUGGGGAUCUAGGCUUAAACAUAAAGUGUUGCCAAAUAGCCGAGGCUUGCUUAAAGUUGGAGAAAAUACCUUAUUGUAACAUUUACUGAAUUAAUCUAUGUCUAUGCAUAUGUUAACAAUAGUGCUGGCCUUAGGAUCUGUUGGGACUGAAACAAUUGUGUGGAAAGCUUGAGGACACACAUCUUUUCCGUCAAAUCUAACAUUGCCAUCAGGGGUGUGUGCAGUACGACACAUAGCGGUCUUCAACGUUUAAUACAACGGAAAUGGUACUGUACUGAACGACCAGCUGAAGAACGGUGUGUGGUGUGUGUGCUGCCUAAACCAGAUCUUUACCAUGAUAAGGCCAGACCUUGCUCGACAUUGCGGUGUCAGGUUUGUCCUGCGUCCCGCAGUCUUGUGAGAUUGUAUGGUGUGUGUGGUGUGCUGCACGAGUUUUGCGAUUUAAAAUGGUCACACACAUAUUUUGAUCGGCCCACACAUAUAUUGAUCAGUUCACACCCAUAUUGAUCAGGCCACACCCAUAUUGAUCAGGCCACACCCAUAUUGAUCAGGCCACACCCAUAUUGAUCAGCCCACACCCACCAAACGGGAGCAAACAUACCUCAAAGGCUGUUACGGUAAAUGUAGUUCAGUAGCAAACGUUGAAUGGAACUGAAUGCAUCCCAGUUUCGCGCACGGAUCUCUCCAAGGUAGGAUUUGGAUCUAAGUGUCUUCAGGAGGGUUUCUAAAGGGAAAUUAUCCUGCAUUUUAAAUCACAUGAUCUGUAUCAAUAUUUCAAAAUGUGUUUCAAAAUCACUAAAGGGACAUUAUUUAGUCAUAUAGUAAACUAUCAUCCAUAUUUCCGUCAAAUAGUUAGUACAGUAUGGCCGACCUUGGUUGUGUACACCAGGAUGAGCCCACGGCUGUCUUGUAUGUUAAAGUCAAUGUUAGAACGACAACAUCUGAACAGCAAGCUGCUUCACUAGAACAAUCUGCUGUACAUCCUAUUCACACAACGAUGACCGUUUCUAGUGUAUCACUCCACGGCCCUCUACUUGAAUAGAGAUAAUGUAGAACUAAGAAACACUGUACAUGUGUACACUGAAGUACUGCUGCACUGGUAUGGGUUGGCUCCGGGGUGAAGUAUCCCCUAGGUACUGUUCCUAGGACACUAGAUCAGCGUCUAGGGGCAACUUCACCCUACUCUGGUUCCCAUGAGCCCUCAGUCUAGGCGUCACAUGGGUGCAAAAAAAUACUGCUUGGUUUACACCUUCUGUCAUUGGCUGAAAACAAGUUGAGUGUCGUUGAAUUGAAUUAAAAUGGACAUUUUAUAGCACUGUUAAGGCCAUGUCGUUUUUGAAUGGCUUCCUACUUCCUGUGUGUCGCGUUGUCUCGUAAUGUCUUGCGGUUGUGUAGGAGAAAAAACUGCCUGCAUAUCAUUGUUCCUGAGAAAAUAAUAAAAUAGAUUCUCCAUUA